AAUUAUUCAUCCUUCCUGGGGAAAAUUUAUCUUCUCGGCUGCAGAUUUGCUCGUUGGCUUCUUUAUAUGGGUCAUUUUGAAGCAAAGAAAGGUGCCUGAAGAUUUAUGUACAUAUGCUGUGAUGGUAUGGCUCCUGAAUCCAUUCACAUUCACCAUUGGAACCCGUGGGAACUGUGAGCCCAUUGUUUGUGCCAUGAUUUUGUGGAUUAUUAUCUGUCUCAUGAAGGGUAGCAUCUUGCAAGCUGCAUUUUGGUAUGGGUUUGUUGUUCACUUCAGGAUUUAUCCCAUAAUUUAUGCACUUCCCAUUGUCAUUGUUCUCGAUCCACACUUUUUUCAAUCUGGCCUUAGGCCCAUUCUCUGGCAUUGGACAUCUGCUCAAGCAAAGGAUUCACAAAUUGAUUCAGAAGUGAUUGACCGUCAUGAUAUGUGGACUGCAUUUAAAAGCAUAUUCACAAGAGAGAGAAUUAUGUUUGGAUUGGUCUCAGGGAGUGUCCUCUUUUUAUGGACUGGUCUCUUUUUCUAUUUGUAUGGAUGGGAAUUCCUUCACGAGGCUCUGUUAUACCACCUUACUCGAACAGAUCCAAGGCACAACUUUUCCAUCUAUUUCUACCAUAUCUAUCUGCACUACGAGCAUGAACUAUCAGUACUGGAAAAGCUCAUCUCAUUUUUGCCCCAAUUGAUAGUGCAGCUGGUUCUUAUUUCCUCCUUGGCAAAGGAUCUCAUAUUCUGCUUUUUUGUACAGACAGUGGCAUUUGUAGCUUUCAAUAAGGUUAUUACAGCCCAAUAUUUUGUGUGGUUCUUUUGCUUGUUUCCUCUUGUCUUGCCAUGGAGUACUAUGAAGCUUAAAUGGGAAGGCCUUUCUUGCAUUCUUCUAUGGAUGGGAGCUCAAACCCAUUGGUUGAUGUGGGGUUACCUGCUUGAGUUCGGAGGCAAGAACGUUUUUCUACAGCUUUGGGUGGCUAGCUUAAUUUUUAUGGCUGCUAAUACGUUUGUCAUGAUAAUGACCAUCCAGCAUCAUAGAUACUCCCCACUAUUUAAAUGCCUUGCAAAGUCCAAGAAUUCUGUGAAAAUUGAGUGAGGAAAUGACCCUGCAACCAUUGUAGAUUUGGGGAUUCCCUUUGUUUAACUAAGGUUUUGACAUUAAUCCUAUUAGAACAUUUGACUAACCAUGUGAAAUUUAAUUUGCAGCAAUUCAUUUUUCUGUCAAGAUUGUUGUAGCAAUUUGAGGGUUCUGAGUUUGUAACUCUAUGUAGAUUAGCUUGUAGAAACAGGUAGUAGAGGGUUGAAACCAUUGAUGUUUAGCAAGCAUAAGUUAAUCAAAUUAUAUCUUUUGUUAGUUUCUGGUAUUUUGUUUUUGAUUAUUAGUCCAGAGAAAGAGUAUUUUUUGUUAAAUCAAGUAUUGUUAUGUUUUUUUUUUCUCACUUUUUCAUCUUCCUACAAUUACAGCUCAAACUAAACCAGUAUUUAGGGCAACUACUUUCUGUACUUUUAACUUAGAAUUUAAAUUGCAUGUACCUAAACACAUUUAUGGUAUCAUAUAACCGAUGAAGUCUUCUUCAGAGUAUGUGUGUUUUUGGAUGACUAGAAUUUGAAACAUUGGUAUUGAAGUCUGAAGAAGCCCAGAGAUCCCAACAAUCCCCAGCUCUGGGCACUCCACUUGGUAAAAUCGUAAUAGAUGAGUUCCAUCGCACAUCCUUACCUACCAUAAAAAAUCAGUAAAUUUCCCUUAUUCUCUUGUGGCCAUAGUUUCUGCCCCAUUACUUAGUAGAAGGAAUGCAGCAGGCAAGUGAGUGACACAGGAACAUGCAUACUUUAGGUUUCUUUGAUCCUACCAUUCUGCAUUGGUGAGCUUGAAAGUGCUUUGAAGGUUCAUUCUAACCCUUUAAAAUCCAGUCUUGUAAUUGUGCCCCAAUUGUAUAUCUUGCUAGAAAAAUUUUCAUUGCAGUAACUUUCUUAGAGAUGUGUGUUUAUAAAUAGAAGUUAAAUUAAGUU